AUGUCGUCCCCUCCACCACUACCUCACAAAUUCAAUCUAUCAGAAGAACCAGAUCUCCCCGAACUCCAACAGCAAAUCCACGACCUCACUCAACUCCGAAACUCCUACCAAGCAUCCCUCCUCUCCCUCCGCUCCACAAAAACUCUCAAAGACCAUCUCUCAUCAUCAUCAUCAUCCUCUUCUACAACUCCUUCCUCACAAACAAAACCCCCCAUCUCCAUCUCUCCUUCCCUCCAAAUCUCUGAUAAAAACCUAAACGACAUCCUCCUAGCCCGUUCCGCCGAACUCUCAGCCGACCAUCAAGAAUGGACUCAAGAAGCCCUCUACCGCAUGGCCGGCCUCACCAAAUUUACCGUCACAGACCCUUCUGCUUCCUCCUCUUCUCCCUUCAACAACAUAACCGGAAUCCGUAUCGAAGUCAUGGCCGACGGUAAAUUCGGUACUCCCUACUAUUUGUUUUUAAAACCACACGAUGACACUCCAAAACCCACAUCCGAAAACCCUUCACCCACCGAAACCCCCUCGGAAACCCAUCUGAUCUUGCACAGACACACCAUACCCGCAUAUUUCAUCCAACCUCUAAACGAUCUAGCCGAAAAAUACCUCCCUCCCCCGCCCCGUAUCCAAAACCUAGACCGUUUCGUCAGAGACGUCAGACAUUUCCUCGUCCUGCAUUAUUUUCGCAGAGCCAGUCUAUCUCACAUCAAAAACGAAGUCUACCAGAAUAUUCCCCAACUCGAUCCAGAUAAUAAUAAUGAUGAUAAUGAUAAUGAUAAUGAUAACAACGAUAAUAUCCCAAACAUUUAUGUCUCCGAAUUCAUCAUAGAUCCCGAAGCAAGACUCGUCGAAAUCCAUUGGCUCCAGACCAAUAACCCUUCAACGAAAAGACUCGCCUAUAUAGCCCUCACAGAAGAAGGCGGUAUCGAGGGCCUCGUCGUCAAACAAGACAACCAAAGAAUCCUCCACAUGGAAAUGCAAAUAAAGGGACCCAAUUGGCUCAGAGGUGCUACCGACUCCAUGGAUUGGAUUCCGGGUCUCUUCCAAAGACUCCAAUGGUCUUCUGCUCCUCCCUCUUCCUCAUUCUGA